GGCCCGGCGCUGCGGCCGCCGAGCCAGGGUGACCGGUAGCGCUGUAGCGGAGGUGGCGGCGCGGGGCGGGGCGGGCGAGUGAAGAGGAAAGAGGUGGUGGUGCAGGAUGGCGGCGACGAUCUACGGACAGCUGAAGCUACAUAUAACACCUGAAAAAUUUUAUGUGGAAGCUUGUGAUGAUGGAGCCGAUGACGUACUCAUCGUCGACCGUGUGUCCACAGAAGUUACCCUCUCAGUCAAGAAAGAUAUUCCUCCUUCAGCCGUCACAAGACCAAUAUUUGGUAUAUUGGGCACAAUCCAUCUGGUGGCAGGUAAUUAUCUAAUUGUCAUUACCAAAAAGACAAAAGUAGGUGAAUUUUUCAAUCAUGUAAUCUGGAAAGCAACAGAUUUCGAUGUCCUUUCUUAUAAGAAGACAAUGUUGCAUUUAACUGAUAUUCAGUUACAAGAUAAUAAAACUUUCCUAACGAUGAUAAACCAUGUCUUGAGUAUGGAUGGGUUUUACUUUUCAACAACAUAUGAUUUGACUCAUACUUUACAGCGACUGUCUAACACUAGUCCAGAAUUCCAAGAAAUGAGCCUCUUAGAAAGGGCAGAUCAGCGGUUUGUAUGGAAUGGUCAUCUUCUCAGAGAACUUUCUGCACAGCCAGAGGUCCAUCGGUUUGCACUUCCAGUGUUACAUGGCUUUAUUACUAUGCACUCAUGUUCUAUUAAUGGAAAAUACUUUGAUUGGAUUCUCAUCUCGAGAAGGAGUUGCUUCAGAGCUGGUGUACGCUAUUAUGUAAGAGGAAUCGAUUCUGAAGGCCAUGCAGCUAACUUUGUGGAAACAGAACAAAUUGUGCACUACAGUGGGAGCAGGACUUCAUUUGUACAGACUCGAGGAUCAAUACCAGUUUUCUGGUCUCAAAGACCAAACCUCAAGUAUAAACCAAUGCCGCAGAUCAACAAAGUAGCAAAUCACAUGGAUGGUUUCCAGAGGCAUUUUGAUUCACAAGUAAUUAUUUAUGGAAAACAAGUCAUAGUCAAUCUGGUUAAUCAGAAGGGCUCAGAGAAGCCACUUGAGCAGGCAUUUGCAACAAUGGUGUCUUCCUUGGCAAGUGGAAUGAUCAGAUAUAUUGCCUUUGACUUUCAUAAGGAAUGUAAAAAUAUGAGAUGGGAUCGACUAAGUAUUUUACUGGAUCAGGUAGCAGAAAUGCAAGAUGAAUUAAGUUACUUUCUAGUGGACUCUGCCGGCAAGGUGGUGACGAACCAGGAAGGCGUGUUCCGCAGCAACUGCAUGGACUGUCUGGACAGAACCAAUGUGAUUCAGAGUCUCCUAGCACGUCGAUCACUUCAGGCUCAGCUUCAGAGACUAGGAGUUCUGCAUGUAGGACAGAAGCUUGAAGAACAGAAUGAAUUUGAGAAGAUUUACAAAAAUGCCUGGGCUGACAAUGCAAAUGCUUGUGCCAAACAGUAUGCAGGAACUGGUGCCUUGAAGACCGACUUUACCAGAACUGGGAAGAGAACUCAGUUGGGUCUUAUAAUGGACGGCCUGAACUCGCUUAUCCGGUAUUACAAGAACAACUUUUCUGAUGGAUUUAGACAAGAUUCCAUAGACUUAUUUCUUGGCAACUAUUCAGUGGACGAAUUAGAAUUCCAUAGUCCUUUGAGUGUUCCAAGGGAUUGGAAAUUCCUGGCUUUGCCUAUUAUCAUGGUUGUUGCCUUUUCAAUGUGCAUCAUCUGUUUGCUUAUGGCUGGUGAUACUUGGACAGAAACACUGGCCUACGUGCUCUUCUGGGGAGUGGCAAGCAUCGGCACAUUUUUCAUUAUUCUUUACAAUGGCAAAGAUUUUGUUGAUGCUCCCAGGUUGGUCCAGAAGGAAAAGAUAGACUGAAUGUGUGUCUGUGGAAAGCGGCUUGGCUUGCAAGAGUCCGUUGUGCAGAACUGGAGUCUUUACUGAACUGCUUUCCACACCAGCCUGAUCAAAGCCUGUCACAGCACACCUUGUGCUCCGUGUGGGGCGAUGACUUAGAAACUGAUCUGAUGUUACUGCCUUGAUGAUCUCUUCACUAUUGGGAUGGUUAUUUAUAAUUUGAAGCUCUUCUGUAAUUAAAAUGUAACAUGAAUUCAGCUGCAGAAUGGAAGCAAUCUACUCAUUGUCAAUUUAAUCAUUGUUGCUGAAUAAGUAAUAUAUUUAAAAAGUUAGCUCCUUUCAUUAUUUAAAACAGUAAAAUUAUUUUUCUAGCUCAGUUUCAUUAUAUUCUCAUCGUAGAAGUGGUCGCUGUUAGCAGGCAUACUUUUCCUGACAUCUUUGGACUUUUCUUCAAAUUGUAAUAAUAAGCUACUGCUACUAUGUUUAUAAAAUGUAAGUCUUUUAUAUACAUCGAGUAGUUUGACAAAAUAGUCUGUGACCUCACAGGGAAGAGGAGAUGGGGUACAGUGUACUCUUGAAGUUUCAGUAGGUUGCUUCAUGAAUUCUUUCACCUGAACUGCUGCUGUUGAACUAGCAGUUUAAGUGUGAAAAAAAAAAUCAGCUAUUUUUAGUCUUUUUUAAAAGGUUUAAGAGAAAUCAAAGAAUGUAAAGCCUCUCUCUCAGAUUGCUAAAGGCCCAAAGCUUCUGAUCGAAGGAUCGCCCCAGUGUGGAAAUGUCCUUGGCUGGUCAGCUGCUCUUCCUGAACACUGGGUGUCUUUGGGGGUCUGUCAGAGAUUCGUGGGGCCUCUGGGCAGCCUCGUGCUGGAUUUGAUGUUAUGCUUGGGGGCGUCAGCUGCUUUUCCACGCAUGGUACUAUUGAUGCUUUUCACUCUGUAAUGUUUUUGUUAGCUAUCGAUAAAUAUACCCAAAAUUUAGUGCUUCCAGGUAGUUAUAGUUCUCCAAAUCAAGGACCAAUUAAUUUAUGUGCAAAAACAAAUCUGAAACAUGUGCUGUAGAAGCUAUGCAUAGCUCUAAUUGUAAGUCGGCUGUAUAUUCAAAUUGUAAUUAUGAGGUUUAAAUACUAGAAAAGGCUGUAAGGUAGUAUAAUUUCACUACUUAAAAACAAAUCAGUUACACACCACUGCACUUUGUGUUCUGCUUGGGAAUAUGUACAGUUUCCCAAAAGUAGUACCUUAUGUUUUCCUUCAGUCUCUCUGAAAGCGCCUUUAUCUCAACAUUACCUUUUCUUUGUCUUUUCUAAACAUUAGUAAGAGUUAAUUCCUUUCAGACACGCUAAAGAAACAAUAGCUGGAAACCCCUGUCCCUUGAAAUCACUCAUUAAAACUCAAAAUAGGGUAAGUAACUAGAGCUACCUACUGAUAUGUAAAUAAGCAUAAUUUGUUCCAAAGAUGAGAUACUGAGAUUUAGUUUCUGUUAACCGUAAUCUAUUACCCGUGUGCCGUGGGCGUCUACACUAAGAGCUACAACAAAGACCAAAUCUGAACUGCUGAUGUGGCUGCUUUGCAGUGAGUGGGCUAAUGUUGCUGUGUAUGAUCUUAAAGUAUCAAUAUUUCAGAACUCUGCGAUGAUUUAUUGCUAAAUUCAUGUAUUAUAUAUCCAUAAGUGGAAAUAAAAUGUCAUAUUCUUUUCUAACCA